UCUCCCUGCGACUUCGCGGGAGGCGUUGGGGCCGUGGGGUUUCCUACAGAGGAGGCUGGGAGGGCCGGUGAGGGGCUGGCACCCACGUGGGGUGUGGCAGGGCGGAAUCCAGGCCCGUGGCGUUGCUGCUGUGCCGCGCGGCUCUGGCCAGCACCGGUAGGUGUCGUGGGCCACGGACACGUUGCUGAAGCCGUCAGAGGAAGAGGCAGCCUCCUCGGGCGCCCCUCUCGCCUCCUGGACUGUCCUGCAGGCAGGUUUACAGAGACACCUCGGGGCCACCUCUGGCCAGCAGAGUGCCGCGUGUCAGCUUGUAUCUUUCAGAGCUGCAGCGGGCUCUAGGGAGCGUCGCUAGUGUCUUGCCGCUGUCUUGGCCUUGUGGGUCUGUCCCCUGCCCCCUGCGGCCGCGGAGGGGUCUCAGAGAGGUGCGCUCACCAGGCUUGGACUGGCUGCCGGUCCCUGCUUCUGGGGAGCACUUUUGAGGGUUUCCUGAAACAAUGGCACCAGUACGGGGCUAAAGGGGGCCACGUUUGGAAAAUUCGAGAAAGGGUCGUUCAGGGGUGUGCAGAGCUCUUUCUCUCUGCCUGCGUCCUACGGCACGAGGGAGCUGGAAGGAAGCAUUCGAAGCACAUUUCCAAACACUCCAGGCCUUCUUCCGUCUUUCGGAAUUCAAGCUGAAGAAGAUGUGGAAGAGUCCCAAUGGAACCAUCCGAAACAUCCUUGGGGGGACCGUCUUCCGGGAACCCAUCAUCUGCAAAAACAUCCCACGCCUCGUCCCCGGCUGGACCAAGCCCAUCACCAUUGGCAGGCACGCCCAUGGCGACCAGUACAAGGCCACAGACUUUGUGGUCGACCGGGCCGGCACGUUCAAGAUCGUCUUCUCCCCGAAGGAUGGCAGUGGCGCUAAGGAGUGGGAAGUGUUCAAUUUCCCUGCCGGCGGCGUGGGGAUGGGCAUGUACAACACGGAUGAGUCCAUCUCGGGUUUUGCGCACAGCUGCUUCCAGUACGCCAUCCAGAAGAAGUGGCCGCUGUACAUGAGCACCAAGAACACCAUCCUGAAAGCCUACGACGGGCGCUUCAAGGACAUCUUCCAGGAAAUCUUUGACAAGCACUAUAAGACCGACUUCGACAAGAAUAAGAUCUGGUACGAGCACCGGCUCAUUGAUGACAUGGUGGCUCAGGUCCUCAAGUCUUCAGGCGGCUUCGUGUGGGCCUGCAAGAACUAUGAUGGAGACGUGCAGUCGGACAUCCUGGCCCAGGGCUUUGGCUCCCUCGGCCUGAUGACGUCUGUGCUGGUCUGCCCAGAUGGGAAGACCAUCGAGGCUGAGGCCGCUCAUGGGACGGUCACCCGCCAUUAUAGGGAGCACCAGAAGGGCCGGCCUACCAGCACCAACCCCAUCGCCAGCAUCUUUGCCUGGACGCGUGGCCUGGAGCACCGGGGGAAGCUGGAUGGGAACCAGGACCUCAUCAGGUUUGCACAGACCCUGGAGAAGGUGUGUGUCCAGACGGUGGAGAGCGGAGCCAUGACCAAGGACCUGGCGGGCUGCAUCCAUGGCCUCAGCAACGUGAAGCUGAACGAGCACUUCCUGAACACCUCGGACUUCCUGGACACCAUCAAGAACAACCUGGACAAGGCCCUGGGCCAGUAGUGGGGGCGGGGCGCGGCCCGCAGCGGGCGGGCCGGGGUGGGGGGGCAGCGGGCCGCGGCUGAGCCUCCCGGCCCCUCUCAGGAGGCCUUUCUAGGGGACGUUUUUUAUAAGCAAGAUGUUUUUAAGAAUAUCUGUGUGUUUCCCCUCAUGGUGAUGUGAGGCAGGAACAGUGUGUUUUACCUCAGCCAGUCAGUGAGUUUUGCAUACUGUAAUUUAUAUUGCCCUUGGAACACAUGGUGCCAUAUUUAGCUACUAAAAAGCUCUUCACAAAA